AUGAACCUACAGAGGUUCUCUCAGGAACCUAAAACAAGGCUAAUCUUAGCCUAUAAAGAGUGGACAGAAAUGCACUGUAAUCUGAGUUUGCAUCUGUACCAUGGCAGAUUUGCAGUAUCUUUGAUGACAUUGAUGAUACUACCAAGGCUUGGAAAAUGUAUAAAGGCCCAGCUGUUUAGUAUAACCAUCUUUUUUCUACAACCAUGGUAAAAUAAACAACUUUGUUUCCCUGGUGAAAGAAAGAGCACUUUUUUCCUUGUUUUUGCCAUCUUCACAUUCUCAGGAGUUCUCUCAUUUUCAUAAAUGGCAGACUAAACCAUGAGGAAUAUAUGUAUGUGAUUUUUUUAAGACACACAUAUGGUGAUGGGGGCUCAUGGGGUAGAUUUCUAGCAAGCUACAAUCAACCUGACAGCAGACCCUUCUAAUAAUGAUUGUCCUCUGAAAGGACCAGUAAAAAGUCCAAAACCACUAUCAAGAAACAUCUGCUGGGAGUUAAGUUGAUGAUCCAGACUCCUUAAUUAAACCCCUUGGACACUAAAUUCCACCAGCAAGGAAUUGUUAGUAGUCCCUAGGAAUAAUCUGGAGUCCUAUGGAAAGUGUACUUUUUCAGUCACUGCCUCCUCACUCUGGAACGAUUUACUAGACCAAAUGAGAAGUGAGUAAUCUUAUGAGUAGAGUUAAGACCCUUUUAUUUGGCUGUUCCUUUUAGCUUCUGAUCAUCUCAGAUUUGUUACUAUGUUAACAAAUAUUAAACUUACGAUGUAAUUUUCAUGUUUUUAAUACUUUGUUUAGCAAUUUUGUUUAAUUGGUAGAAAUACCGAUCAUGAUCAUCAUUAUUAUUAUUAUUAUUGCUAUUAUUAUUAUCAUCAUCAUUAGUAUUAUUAUUAUGCAAAACCUGGUACAUCAAGAAGGUCAUCUUGGUUGGCUUACAGGAAACAAAGAAACUACUGUACUAAAUUGUUAAGAUCAGCUGAAAUUUCUUACUGGAGUAACAAACCCACUAAUGCUAAAUCCAGUAAAGAAUUUUGGUGACUGGUCAAAUCCUUCCAAGGUAACAACAAGUACUCUACCAUCGGCCCUGUGAAAUCCCCAUCUAAUUCACUUCUAACCAAUAAUCUUUCAAAGGCAAAGGAAUUCAACUCCUAUUUUGCCAAUAUAUGUUCAACUCUGGCCAAUAGUGACAACUCAUCAGCACUGGAUCUUUCCACUCAACCAGUAAACCACAUUCACAGAAUUACCCCUACUCUACAGUCAUUUCCUGUCAAUAAAGAGCUCCUAUCCUACUGUUUCAAGAAUUACAUCAAAGUGGGAAAAGCCUGUGGCCCUGAUAAAACCACUGGCAAAGAACUGCAAACGUUGGGU